GAUCGGCGUGCGCAUCAUAUUCAUGGUUGUUCCUUUCUUUACGGAACUAUCUCAUCAUACCGUUAAACGCAUGGAUUCAGAAGUUAAUUAAAACAUUAGCGAAAUUUCUAAAAAUUCUAUUAGUAAAUUAAGUAAUUAUAUCUCAAGUGACUUGUGUUGUGAAGAGUCAAAAGUGCCAUCAGCAGAUCAAUUAAUAUGCCGGAAAAUCUCGGCAAACAUUGUUAGUAAAAGUGAAAAGGAUGCAGUUGAUGACAAAAACAAAGAAUCCAAAGUGUCUACGGUAACGAAUAAUUCGUCAUCUGCUGGAGCAGUCAAACCAAGUAACGAAAUGACGACCAUAAAAACGACUGCAACAUCUGGACCAAGAUCAUUGAUGCCAGCUUUGAAUAAAUUCAAAUAUGAGCAUCUUAUUGCUGGUCUAUCUGGAGGUGUCGUUUCGACAUUGAUACUCCAUCCUUUAGAUCUUAUAAAAAUAAGAUUUGCAGUAAAUGAUGGAGUAACAAAAACGGCACCACAAUACACAGGACUCCGAAAUGCACUUUUUGAAAUCAUGAAGGUGGAAGGAGUACGUGGUCUUUAUCGAGGAGUAACUCCAAAUGUUUUAGGAUCUGGCUGUUCUUGGGGUUUUUAUUUUUUUUUCUAUAAUAAUAUUAAAUCUUGGAUCCAAGGAGGAAACUCCAAAAAAUCACUUGGUCCAACCUUGCAUAUGCUUGCAGCCGCAAACGCUGGUGUAUUCACUCUUCUGAUAACCAAUCCUAUUUGGGUGGUUAAAACUCGAUUAUGUUUACAGUACAAUAAUGAUGUUGGCCUUUCAGAGUCGAAACGUUAUUCCGGAAUGUUGGAUGCUCUUGGUAAAAUUUACAGAACAGAAGGAGUACGUGGUUUAUACAAGGGACUUGUUCCUGGUAUGUUUGGUGUUUCUCAUGGUGCUAUUCAGUUUAUGACAUACGAAGAAAUGAAAAAUAGAUAUAACGUUUUAAGAAAAAUGCCUAUUGACUCAAAACUGACCACCGCUGAGUACAUGAUGUUUGCUGCUAUAUCAAAACUAAUUGCUGCAGCUUCAACGUAUCCUUAUCAAGUAAUCAGAGCUCGUCUUCAAGAUCAACAUACGGACUAUCGAGGCACUUGGCAUUGCGUUCGACAAACUUGGAGGGGUGAAGGUUGGCGAGGAUUUUACAAAGGUUUGGGUGUCAACUUAACAAGAGUAGUUCCUGCUACAGUCAUCACGUUUGUUGUCUACGAGCACAUGUCACAUUUUCUACGUUAAUAAAUGAAGAUUGAUUAAAUAAAAAAAAUAAAUAAAUACAAAGAUAAA